CUGAUUUUCUCUUUUAUUUUGUGUCUAUUUCUUCUUCUCAUACUACUUUAUUUUUAUUAGAAAAUGAUGAAAGAAAAUAUGAUGUUUGAACACAAACAUCCAUUUAGUCUUAUAGACUUGUGGUCGGAAGAAGAGUCUGAAGAAGACGAGGAGGAGAAGGAUGAUGUUUUAAUUGCAAAACAAGACUUUCAAUGUUUAUGUUCCAGAUGUGGGGAAGAAAUCAACUGGUAUCAUAGGUAUUACUACUCUUGUUGUCAUUGUAGUGAUUACUCUGUUCAUAAAUUUUGUGCAGAGCUUCCAGAAAGAUCCGAAGACGUUUGUGAGGUUGGUCAUACUCUUCACUUCAUCCAAUCGACGUCAUAUUGGAAGUGUCAAAUUUGUGGUAGGUAUCAUAAGCCUGGAGAUUUGUGGUAUCGUUGUCAUCGUUGUUAUUUUUCUGUUGAUGUAAAUUGUGUUACGACAAGGCUACAAAAAAAUGUCAUCCAUCAUCCUAGCCACAAACACCCACUAAUUUACUUCCCAAAACAAGUUUUAGACAUGUGCGAUGCAUGUGGGAAGGAACAUAAAGGUAUCUUUUAUUAUUGUCCCAUGUGUGUUCGUUCUAAAUUCAUUCAUAGUGAUUGUGCUUUUCUACCGCAAAAGUUGCAAAUCCAAGAUACUACAAAUGAUGUCUUCUCCCAUAUCCAUCAUCUCACCCUUGCUUAUUCCUUUCCAAUCGAUGAUCAAAGUUCUAAAAACUGGCCACUGUGUAGGGUAUGUCGUAAUGGGUUUGAACAUAAAUCAAAUCUUUGGAUGUAUAAAUGCGAGAAAUGUAGAUACUAUACCCAUCUAGAUUGCGCAACAUCAAGAAAUGAGCCAUUCAUGUCAAUCCUCAAGUCUCCAGGUACAAGCAGUAAAAACUACAAAGAUGAUGAACAUCUUGAUCUUCUUCAUCUUCCGUUUCCCGAUCCAUCUUAUAGCCUACUAAAACACUUGUUUUCCAAGGAAAAAGGAUUAAGUACGUUAGAAAUUUCUAACAAGAUCACCUGCAAAGCACAAGGUAUUAUUCAUAAACACCCACUAAUUCUAGAGGAUAUCACAAUCCCCACCUCUUCUAGAAAAAAAUCAAUAUCCUAUCAUGACCCAAUGAAGAGAAUUCAACUUUUGUGCGACGUGUGUGUGAGACCAAUUACGAGUGGCCCAAUUUACGUGUGUGACAAUGAGGGGCAAUGCAACUUUGUGCUCCACGAGUGGUGCUCACGGCUACCUCCUGAACUGAUAGACCACCCUGCUCACCAACAACAUACCCUGAUUCUCCAUUCAAAAGCCCCUCCUCGUAAGUUUUUUGGGGUGUUUAGGUGUAAUAUUUGCAGGUUACCUUGUAAUGGAUUUGCCUACUGUUGUAUGGAUUGCAACAACUUCAUCAUUGACGUUCACUGCGCCUUCUUACCUAAAGAAAUCACUCAUACUUUUCACCCAAAUCACCUCCUUUCUAGGGUUUAUCACGAAGAAUGGGUUGAUUGGUGAGUAAGUUAUCUUAUU